AUGGAAGGCGGAUUAAGCUCGAGUCUGGCUCUUCCUGUUGAGGUUAGUCGAUCGACUCUUCGUUAUCUAAAAUGGGCGGAACGCGUACUGGUCGGCUGGGCUUUCUGGGUUCUGGUCAUCUACGCUAUGGCGGUACUUCUCACUGGAUUCUGCAACAUCCUUCAUGACCCACUCCAUUCGUACCGAGAUGAUGCAAGACUUCUGAAGGUGGCGGUAGGUCUCAUGGAACACAUUCUCUCAUUCAAUAUGUCGGAAAAAGAGGCUUCGAACAUUAAGGAUAUGGCAGACCUCGUAGCAGAACUAAGUUGGCUGGCGGAGUUUGCCAUCAGGAAAGUACGGCAUGAGUUGGACAUGGGUCCUAUCUACUACACUUGA